AUGGCUACUACAUUAGAAGAUAAAUCAAUUUGGGAAGAUGGUGAGGAAGCGCUGAGUGAGGAAGUUCUCCGGAUGCCCACAGACGAGAUCAUCAGCCGAACAAGACUGCUAGACAAUGAGAUUAAAAUAAUGAAGAGUGAAGUUAUGAGGAUUUCUCAUGAGCUGCAGGCACAAAACGACAAGAUAAAGGAGAACACGGAGAAAAUCAAAGUGAACAAAACAUUACCUUACCUGGUAUCGAAUGUGAUUGAAUUAUUGGAUGUAGAUCCUCAGGAAGAGGAGGAGGAUGGAGCUGUGGUGGACCUGGACUCGCAGCGCAAGGGAAAGUGCGCAGUCAUCAAGACCUCAACUCGCCAGACAUAUUUCUUACCAGUCAUCGGGUUAGUUGAUGCUGAGAAACUGAAGCCAGGUGACCUAGUUGGUGUGAACAAGGAUUCCUAUCUGAUCUUGGAGACUUUGCCCGCUGAAUACGACGCCAGAGUGAAGGCCAUGGAGGUGGACGAGAGACCUACUGAACAGUACUCUGAUAUUGGUGGAUUGGACAAACAAAUUCAGGAACUGAUUGAAGCUGUAGUCCUACCAAUGACACACAAGGAGAAGUUUGUGAACCUGGGCAUCCAUCCGCCCAAGGGUGUGCUGCUGUACGGCCCCCCUGGUACAGGCAAGACUUUGCUGGCAAGAGCUUGUGCUGCACAAACUAAGUCCACCUUCCUUAAACUGGCUGGACCACAACUUGUACAAAUGUUUAUUGGUGAUGGUGCCAAACUGGUCCGAGAUGCUUUCGCCCUAGCUAAGGAAAAGGCACCAGCCAUUAUUUUCAUUGAUGAGUUGGAUGCUAUUGGUACUAAGCGUUUCGACUCUGAGAAGGCUGGUGACCGUGAGGUGCAGCGUACCAUGUUGGAGCUACUUAACCAGUUGGAUGGAUUCAGUUCCACUGCUGAUAUCAAGGUCAUAGCAGCUACCAACAGAGUAGAUAUCCUAGAUCCUGCCCUGCUUAGGUCUGGACGUCUGGACAGGAAGAUUGAGUUCCCACACCCCAAUGAAGAAGCAAGAGCGCGUAUUAUGCAGAUCCAUUCUAGAAAAAUGAAUGUUUGCCCUGACGUAAACUUCGAGGAACUGUCCCGUUCCACGGACGACUUCAACGGCGCUCAAUGUAAGGCAGUGUGCGUGGAAGCCGGUAUGAUUGCCCUACGUCGCUCCGCCACCGCCGUCACACACGAAGACUUCAUGGACGCCAUCUUGGAAGUCCAGGCCAAGAAGAAGGCCAACCUCAGCUACUAUGCUUAA